AUGGGCUUCCUCAAGAGGGUGGCUAAUGUCUCUUUAGACAUAGGAGGAGAGGAAGCGUCAACAAAGACUUGGAUUAUUAUUUUUGUGUUGGUGGAGGGGAAGUUAUCCUCUGGAACAUUUAUUAAGGGGGAAACUUUGAACUUUUUUUUUUUUUUUUUUUUUUUUUUUUUACCCGCCACGGCGCGGCUCCUCGGUGUGCGCGCGGAGCACCGGCUUUGUUUGACGGCGGGGCAGACUGCCAUAAAUGAAGGAAUAAAACAGAUUCCAGUCGACCUUUUCCUACCCGCGCGGGAAAAUCCCUGGGGGGCUGCGUUUGAUAAAGGUGGAGAGAGAAUGGCGGCCAACAUGUACCGAGUGGGAGAUUACGUGUACUUUGAAAACUCCUCCAGCAACCCGUACCUGAUACGCAGAAUAGAAGAGCUCAAUAAGCCAAUGGAUGUGGAGGCCAAAGGUGGUGUGUCGUUCAGGAGGCGAGGACAUCUCAGGCAUCUCAACACACUCGCUGACAGCAAUGCACGGGAAUUUGAGGAGGAGUCCAAGCAGCCAGCGCUGUCGGAGCAACACAAACACCAGCUCAAACACAGAGAACUCUUCCUCUCCCGACAGUUUGAAUCUCUACCUGCUACUCACAUACGGGGAAAAUGUAACGUCACCCUGCUGAAUGAAACAGACGUCCUGGCUGGCUACCUUGAGAAAGAAGACUGUUUCUUCUACUCGCUGGUGUUUGACCCCGUUCAGAAGACUCUGCUGGCAGACCAAGGAGAGAUCCGGGUGGGAUCCAAGUACCAGGCAGAAAUACCAGACAAGUUAGCUGAGGGUGAGCUACAUGUGAAUCAUACAACCGUUUCCGGAGAAACGGAGACCAAAGUGUGGGACCCAAAUAACCAGCUCAAAGACCCUCAGAUUGAUCAAUUCCUGGUGGUGGCGAGCCGUGGGACUUUUGCUCGGGCCUUGGACUGCAGUAGCUCCAUUCGCCAGCCGAGCCUCCCAUGAGCGCAGCUGCAAGCUUCCAGAGACAUCACGCGGUUCCACGCUAUGGACACACGGCAGAAGACAACUAUGACCUGGCUAAGCCAUGUCCACCCUAGUGCUCAAGGCGGUCCAGUCCUGUGCCGUGACGAGAUGGAGGAAUGGAGCCCUCGGAGGCCAUUGCUGUUUGAGAGAAGCGCUAGAGAAUACGGCAAGGACUUCAUGACAUCCGCCGAGGACUUUCUUCCCUGGAAGUCUUUAGCCAGUGUGGUCCAGUUUUACUACAUGUGGAAGACAACUGACCGCUACAUCCAACAGAAAAGGCUGAAGGCAGCUGAGGCAGACAGUAAGCUGAAACAAGUCUACAUCCCCACCUACACCAAACCCAACCCCAAUCAGAUCAUGGUGCCAGGAAGUAAACCUGGUGUGAACGGGGCUACAAGCUUUCAGAAAGGUCUCAGCUGUGAAAGCUGCCACACGACGCAGUCACCACAGUGGUAUGCCUGGGGCCCUCCCAACAUGCAGUGCAGGCUGUGCGCGUCUUGCUGGCUCUACUGGAAAAAGUAUGGAGGAUUGAAGACCCCCACUCAGCUAGAGGGCGCCACUAGACCUGGCUCUGAGUCAGGCCCCCGGGGUCACAUGACACGACAGGAGGUCCAGGGCAUGUCGCCAUUCACGCGAAAUGAGGGCCGAGCCAAGCUGUUGGCCAAAAACCGCCAGACGUUCAUUCUGCAGACUACCAAGCUGACACGCAUUGCUCGACGGGUAUGCGAGGACAUCCUGCAACCUCGCCGUGCGGCACGGCGGCCCUACGCCUCCAUCAAUGCCAACGCUGUCAAAGCUGAGUGUAUGAUCAGAUUGCCAAAGGCCACAAAAGCGCCAUUAAAAAGCAAAUUGGUUCCUCGGCAGUCACUGGCGACCAUUGUGAAGGAUCUUGCUGUCUCAGCACCUCUGAAGCUAAAAGCUUCCCGUGGACCCCCAACUCCAAUAAACCGCAACCAGGUCAGCCAGACGCGUGGAGGCCCAGGACUGCUGGGGAAGAGAACCUUUGACUACGCUGCAGGGCUGCCUUUCUCAGCCAAUGGGAGGCCGUUUACAUCAGGUAUGAGGACCACCUCGCAGUCCGUAAUCAAGCGGCAGAAGGUCAGCCAGGGUGAAGCACCCAACCCUGUGGUGUUUGUGGCUACAAAGGACACCAGGGCUCUGAGGAAACAUCUGACCCAGUCAGAGAUGCGCCGGGCAGCGAGGAAACCUCAUCUUCUGGUCCGGAUCAAGCUGCCACCACCUCCACGCUCCCUGGCAGUGCCCCUGCUGCCCUGCAGCACCAGUGAGCCAAUUGUUCUGGAGGACUGACGGGUCCGGCGUAGCCGCCAGGAGGGCAAGGUUUUUUGUUUUGUUUUUCUUUUUAAACAGGACGUGGAGGGUUGGGUUGAGUUGGGAGAGAUUCUGUGCUCAGGUCGCACAGUUCGCCACAGCAGUAGUCUUUUCUUUUGCCCUCUUUUCAGUGUCAUUUUCUUUUAGUCCUCUGUGUCCACACACACAAGCACUUAGUGACUCUACUUCAUGUAAAGCAGAUGUUCACAUCAACACUUGGGCAUCAGCGUAUUUUAUCCCACGUUCCUCAUUAUUUCACUGCUCCCGUUGCUAAAGUAGAGAAGCUUGAAUCUUUGACUGGACUGGGUUGCUUGACGCGAGGACGUUUCGCUUCAAAUCGCAGAAGCUUCCUCAGCUAAAAUUCUUGCUCUGGUGGUCUAACUUCUGUCUUGACUCUUGUAGAGAAGAAAUCAGGACAGUCCAGUCGAGUCCACUCGAAGAUUCAAGCUUCUCUACUAUGGAAACCACCUGGACAACUGAGAGCCUACACAGAAACUCCCGUUGCUAACUUUUUUUAAUGUGUAAUUUAAAUCAAGAUUUAAACAGCGACAGUGAGCCACACUGUUUUUGCUCCAUGGCACCCUUUGUGUCAUUUAUGGUUGUGUGCAGGAGUGACACCUGUGUAGCAAGUGGGAGAUGGGGAUGGAAGAGUAAAAUUAACCCUAUAAGCUUGGUGGAAGCAUCUCUGGGUCCACUGUAAUGGCGAAAAAAAAGAAAACACGCUAACAGAACAGGAUCACGAUAUGCAUCAUGUUAUCAAACAAAUAGUCUUUACCUGAGUGUGGAACGCUAAUGUGGAAAUAAUCCGGCAAUUAGAACAUGACACAAAAAAAGAACCAAGAGUGGUACCGACCGUGGAAGCGUUUAUUCUGCUUCUGCUUAAGGAGUCCACCUCACUAGCCAGAAGUUCUAGAAUUUGUCUUUGGAUCACAUUUAAAUCAGUUGCUUGGAUUUGUACACUUAAAUUUGUUAUUCAUCUUCAGGUGCCAAAAUGAUGCAGUGAAGGCCGAGGUGGAAAAGCAAGAGUUGAAAGCACCGGUGUUUUAGAUUGAGAUUGUGCUACAAGAUAUCACAUUUGGAAAUGAUUUUUUUCUUCUCCCAUGCAAAGUGUUUUUGCAUUUUCUGUCUGGUUUAUAGGGUUCAGAUUUAAUUCGUACGUGUAGUCUUUUAGGUUUCAGUAAUUGCAUAUUGCUGGUCAUGUGCAGGGACGUGAUUGGUGGAUGUUUGACCUGAAAGAAGGCGGAACCCGAGGUGUUUUCCACCUCUGAGAUGAAA